GGACACUUGUCAACUAAAUUUACACUCGACUGACUUGCAGGCAGAGAGAAGAAAAUAAUUAGAAGUUUUGAUGAGUUUUUCUUACUGGUUCAAUAAGUUUAUCAAGUAGUAUUACAAUACUGAAUGUCCAUGAUGUAACUGGAAGGUACUCUACUGUAUCUGCUUAGACCGCUAAGUAGCAUCUACAGUACCACCAUGCCUCGGUUAAGCACCUUGGCUAGAGGUUAUGGGUCGUGGAAUGGUGACUUAGAACAGGAAAAACAAAGCUAUUUAAAGGAUAUUGCCACGCCUAUAUUACCACAAUACUUGAGUAGUGAACAUCAGCCAUUCUACAAAGAGAAAACAGUUAAGUUUCCAAUCCGUACCAAAGCCAACCAUGAGGUCAUUAAGACAAUCCUUGCAGAAGCAGAAAGGAUCAAAUCGGCAAAAAAUCGUAACCACAAUGAUCCACCAACAAUUGCAGAGGAAAUUCAAUCCAAAGUGCCGAUGACGCAGCCAUCCCGCGAACAAUCUGGACGAUCACAGCGAUGGAAGUCUCGUCCCGAAUUUCGAACAAAUCACAGAUCUGUAAAUAAUCAUUUAAGAACUAGAAGUGCUCCAGGCACUAAUAAAAGGUUUGCUAUCAAAGCAGAUGGAGAGCUGCAAUUACCAAAGACAUUUGUAACUAGGAAAGGGGCAAUGGUGCUAUUCACAGCUCCCUCAGCAAUCAAUUUUACCAAAGAAGGCAGAUGUUUUUCACCUAAUUAUAAAACCAAAAAAGACAUUAGUAACUUGUCACUGUCACUGGGAACUAUUGGGAAAUUAUGUUCUUCUGUUUUGCAAUAUGGAGAACCUACGUGGGAGGAUGAUGAUCUUGAUAGUGUAGCAAGUCAGCAAUUUCACAAGACAUGUAUGCGAUUUAUUCGUGAUGAGGAAGGGGAAGAAUGCUUUGAUUACCGUGUACAACCUGGAGCUGAUUUCAACUUCUACCUUCAUGAUAUGCAGACAAGAGCUGUUGUGAGGAAUUUAACUCGAUGUAACUCAGCCUAUUCUCUGACUUCCACCGAAGCUGCCGAAGAAUUGAAUGAAGCACUUGACAACAUGGACAAUAAUCACCAUUACAAACAGGAUGAUUCGAAUGGAAAGCCUGGUUUGAUCACUGCGGAUGCAAACCGUCUUGUGGAAUCCAUCUCGUGUGCAUCAACAUCAACUCCUGAAAAAAGUCUUCAAUUUAGGGAAACGUUUUCACAUCAAUCAACAACACAAGGUUCAGAGAGAAGUCAGAGAGCAGCUGAGAUGAUGCACAUGCCUUUGACGUUGGCAGCAGGAGAAAGGAAGUCUAGGUUAGGAAGUGGUCGUUCAAUGACCUCUUCAAGAACAUCCACUCCUUUAUCUUGUGCCAGACUCACAGCAUCACUCAAAUCAACUAAUUACCUUGGAAGACCUAUUGCUAUUCCACGCACUGCUUCUGGUUUUGAGGAUGAUGACAGUAAAAUUAUGGAAAGUGAGAUGGAGGAUACAUAUGACAGUGGAGGUCGGAUGUUGCUUAGACAACAAUCAGUAAAGUCCUUCCAGUCAGUAACUUCAAUGACGGCAGACAGCCGACCUCAUAGUAGGGCUACAAAUGGAAGUGGUGAUGCCGCUCAUGAUGCUGAAAUCUUUGAAGAUUGUGUCAUCAAGGAAUUGGGUGAUGAAACUGAACAGCAGUAUUUUGAAGACAAUAACUGUGUUGAUGCCACUUCACAUGUUGGCAGAAGAAGGUGUAGUCUUCUCUCAUCUGUCGUAAUGGAUGAUGAUGAUGAAGAUGAAUUUGUUGAUCUUAUGCAACAUCAGGAUGGUCGCAGCAGUCAAUUGUCCCGAAGAUCAAGAAGGUCAUCUGCACAGAGGACAAAGACACCAGAUGCAAACACCUCGAGGAGAUCAAGUCUGAAAAUGGAGAAUGGAGUGUUGUCAGAAUUUGAUGAUACAGCAGAAUUAAGCAAAAUUCCAAGCAAAUGCGAGGGAGAGUUGGAGAUGGAAAAAGAAGGAAUAGAAGAGGAUGCUGAAGAAAAUGGUAAUGGAACCCUGCAAUCAGCUACACCCGCUAUAGGUUCAGCUGAGAUGGAACAAUUAAUAGGAAAUGAUGAUGAUGAUGAUGCAGACAAUUCUGUUGCUGCUUUAGGAGCAGUGGUAUCAAGACCACAGACUGCUGGAUCAUCUCAUUACAGCGUCAGGUCAUUGCAUCGUCCAGCUAGCUGCACCUCAAAUGUUGAAUCAAGUGUUGAUUUUAACAAUGAACAAUUACAAAAUAUAGAUGGAUUAGUAUUGGAUGCGGUGGAGUCGCUGCAGCAUGAUACAAGAGAUGGUGAACAUGUUGUAGACCCUGGUCAAGUGGAAACUCACCCCAAAAGUUCUACAGGAAUUAUUGAAGAAAGUUCAACACCAAAAGAAGUAACUCUCAGCAAAACUAAAGAUAAACAAUCUGUACAAUCGGCGCCUAUUCUAACUGAAGGAUCUGAACUUUCAAUGCAACCUCUAAAACCUUUACAAUCAUCAUUAGCACCUCUUGCAUCAAAUGGUGUUUCUAAUAAAGAAACACCACUGUUCAAUAAUGCCAAAAUGGAGGCACCUUCCGUUAAAGAAGAAAAACAGUCACAGCAAGUGGAGAAAUUUCCAGAGAUCACACCCCCUCAGAAAAUAUCUUCACCAGAGCCAAAGCCCCCACCUCCAAGGGUAUCUUCACCAAAGGUCUCAUCACCCAUGCAGAUAAACCCAGUACACACAAAACAGACAGUUGGAAUGACUCCAAAACCACCAAUCAUGAAGGCACCACUACCCCAAACUUCUCCAGCUGCAAAGGUAAACAAGGCUGUGAUACCAAUCCAUGCUGGAGCGCUACCUAAGAUGGAACCAGAUGUAGCACCAAUGAAAAACGUAGAUUCAGGCCCCUUGAAAGCCACCACAAGAAAACCUAAAUCAAGAGGUAAUGUGACAAAGAAAAAAGUGAUUGGAGGACCUCAGUUUAAUGACGGUCUAGUGAAGGAAACUUAUGAUGAACCAGGCGCCGAUGAAAUUGAAAAGAUGAUUCAGGAGGAGUUGGAAAAGGAUUUGAAAGAGCAUGGGUUGAUUGAGAUUUCGGAGGAAGGGGCUGGUGCCACCUCAUCAACUGAUAAUUUGAAGUCUGGAAAGGUAGAAACAGAAGUGGGGUUAGAUAAUCAACAAGAAAAUACUGAAAUCAAUUUAGAUACUGAUGAUGAAACCAUCGCGAAGGAAGUUAAAAAAAUCAGUAAAGGCAAGAAGAAGAGCAAGAAACAGAUUCUGAAAGAGCGAGAGGAAUUGAGAGAAUUAAAAAGGAAAGAGAGAAGGUUGAAAGAGGAAGAAGCAAAAGCAAUGAAGGCAAUGAAGAAAGCAGCUGAAAAAGAGAAGAUGAUGGCAGAAGAAGCAGCCAGAAGAAAGAAGAUAGAAAUGGAGGAAGAAAUUCAAGACGCAGAGAGGGAAGCAGAGGCUGCAAGGGAAGCUGAGGAGCAGGCUAGACUGAUGCUUCUAGAAUCACGAAAACAAGCAAGAGAAGAAAGAGAAGCUAAAAGGAAGGCAGAAAUGGAUAGAAAGAAAGAGGAGAGAAAUAGGCAACGAGAACAAAGGAAGAAAAUGGAGGAAGCUGCAAGAAAGAGGGAACAAGAAAUGAAAGAAAAAUUGGCUUCAGUUGAGGAUAUUAGACGACAGAAAGAACUUGAAAGAGAAAUGGAGUGGGAGAGAGAAGAGAAGGAACGGGAAGAGAGGGAAGAGAUGGAGAGACAAGAAGAAGAAGAGAAAAGAAAAAUGGAAGAAGAGGAAGAAAGAAUAAGGGAACUUGAAAAGGAAGCUGAAGAGGAGGCCCUCGCUCGCCUUGUGCGAGAACGAGAAGAAGCCGAACAAAGGAUGAAAGCAGCAGCUCUUGAAGCACAGAGACAAAAGGAUGCAGAGGAACAACUCAGACUGGAAGAACAGCGUAAGCAGGAAGAGGAAGCAGAACGGAGAAGGUUACAAGAACUAGAGGAAGAGAGGUUGUUAGAUAUUGAAAGACAACGUAUUUUGCAGAUUAAAAGAAUAGAAGAUGAAGCUCGAGCAAGGGUUCUUAAGAAACUGGAAGGCAAGCGAAUUUGGGCGAUGAGGAGACGAGAUGCGAAUGUUCAACGCUUUGCGCAUUUGAACAGCGUUCGACGGACACAAGGCAUGACUCGUCCAUGGGUGUUCUCCUAUUAUGUACACUGGCCGAGGCAAACUUACGAAAAAAAACUACCGUCAGCAAAGAAGAAGCAGAGAAGACCAAUAAGACCACCUAAACCACCUGCUGAAACACCUAUCAAUCAAGCAGCUUCUUAAAAAUAGAUAUAAAUUAAUUUAUUCCAUGUUUGGAUUAAAAAAUUAUAGUAAACUUGGAAUCAAAUAUAAAUUAUGUUGAUGUUUUCUUGCAAUCGUGAUCAAAAUUUUAGGUACAUUGUUAUCUGUUUAAAUGUGGCCUUUAUCAUGUCAUGUGACCUGUAUUUUGUCAUGUGUCAUGUUAUCUCUGCAUAUCAUGUGAGCUGUAUUAUAUGAUUUAUCUUAGAACAUGAUCAAUUGCAGUUGAAUAACUAUAUAUAGUUAAAGAUAUAUGAGCUACAGUCAGUUUUAUUAUGAGCUCUGAUGUCGUAGUUACAAACACAUGAUAUUUUAAGAGUUAAGCACAUUUUAAAGAAAUUCAUCUAAACCUUGCGACUAGUUAUAAGAGUCUUGGUACUCGGGGGUGGGGGAAGGGGUGAAGCUUGUGCCUAGUUGAUGAGUCUAAAAAAUUGAUAUAAAUUUAUUCCAUGUUUGAAUUGAAAAAUUCUAUUUAUAGUAUUAUAGUAAACUUGGAAUCACAUAAAUUGUGAUGACGAUAUUUUCUUGCAAGCAUGAUCAAAAUGAGUCUAUUUGCAAAAGUACAAUUGUAUGAGUAUGUUGCUUGAUAUGUUGCAGAUUGGCAGAAUGGCAGAUAUUUUGUAACCCUUGCUUUUCCUACCCUUCUUGCGGACAUUUUGCAACCUAGACAUCAGUGGCUUAUCUAGGGGGUGUGGGCACAUUCCCCUAAAAAAUUACUUGCGCUCCCCCAGUUGUCCUCCCAAAAAUCAUGGUCAAAUAGUUUAAAAUCACCUUAUUUUGCGAGUUAGCGCCCCUCAAUUAAUCAUCAAACCCCCCACUCCCAUUUUAAGACCUCUAGAUACGCCACUGCUAGACAUUAAGACUGGUGGGCAUAAAAAUCGGUCAGAGGGACAAAGUGAGUUUUUGAUUUAACACCGAGGGCCGCACCCAAACUUUGAUGUUUUCACUGAGCUUCCAAAAACUUACGAGCCCUGCUUUUACAUCACUUUAUUCUUAAUUUUAAAUGUUACUUUUUACUUAUGUUUGGUGUCAGGCCGUGAAAACAAGUGGUUUUCUAGCCAAUUUUGAUUGGCGGGCCGCAAACAUAGGGUUUUUAUUUCAUUGUCACGGCUGCAAAAGUAUUGCUGACGGGCUCAAGCACAGCCCGCGGGCCGCACUUUGCCCACCUGUGCAUUAAGACAAUCCAGACAUUUGAAAUUUCUAUUCCUAUUCUGACAAGAUACCUAUCAGUGCUAAAGUAAUUUUAUUUUAAUAUUCUGAACUACCUCUUUUUAUCCUAUGCUAUUGAGAUUGAUUGAUAUUCUUUGUGUUUAUAUUGAUUUACCGAAAAAUAAAUAUAAACAGCACAGUA